AUGUUACUGAAUCCUUUUUUCGGGGCAGCCAUCCUUGGAGCCCUGUUGGUCUUGUACCUGGCGCAUUGCUACUCAUCUCCGCUAUGGAACAUCCCGGGACCAACACUGUCAAAAAUUACCUCACUCCUCCUGAGAUGGCACGAAUUCGAAGCUAAUCGAACGCUUUACAUCCACUCCCUUCACUUGAAGUACGGUCCUGUCGUGCGAAUCGCGCCUAAUGAGGUCUCAUUUACGUCUUACGAGGCCGUCAAAGAGAUUUACGGGUCUCUGGGAAGUGGUUACGAUAAGCAUCGUUUCUACAACCUUUUCAAGGUUUUUGGGCGCAGAACCAUGUUUUCAACCCUUGUGAAGGGCGAUCACGCAAAGCGCAAACGUAUCAUUGCCGAUCGCUAUGCUAAUAGCAAUAUUGUGAAGCCCAUGGCACUCAGCGGCAUUGAGGAGCGCGCGGAAAACUUUGUAAAGCAGUGCGCCGAUUCAGCAAGGAAUAGUAUCGAUGUCUACGUCAAGCUUCACUCUUACGCUUGUGACUGCGUUACCCAUCAUUUGUUCCACCCUUACGGAACAAAUAGUCUCCAGAAACAGGAAGAUACAGACAUGAUGGAACAAGUCACGAAGGAUGACAGUUUGCGAAGCCGCCUUAUCCAGCACCACUAUCCGGUCUUCUAUCAGUACUUCUCUAAAAUUCUUGACCUAUUCUUCGAUCCGCGAGCCACACCCCUCGCCAAGGACUUUGUCGUCGGUGCUACCUCCAGAAUCGAUCCCGCGCCCUUCACUCUCCUAAGCCGCCUUCAAGAUAAGAGAGAAAGCGGCAGCAGCGUCAAUCAAGUGGAUGCUAUCGACAUCGCCGCGGAAUGCACAGAUCACAUGGUUGCUGGUAUCGAUACAACAGGUGAUUCGCUGUGUUUCUUAAUGUGGGAACUGUCGCAGCCGGCAUCUCUUGAAAUUCAACGAAAGCUCCAACAGGAGAUUCGAGAGAACACAGACGUCUCCUUUGAUAAGCUUUAUUAUCUUGACGCCGUAGUUCAAGAAGGCCUACGAUGCUAUCCUGCGAUUCCAAUGUCGCUACCCCGAGUGGUCCCGCCUGGGGGGAAGACAGUUGAUGGGUACUUUAUUUCUGAGGGGACCAUUGUGAGCAGCCAGGCUUAUUCAGUACAUCGCAAUAACGAUGCAGUCUUCCCGAGUCCUGAAACUUUCGCCCCUGAGCGCUGGAUGUCUUCUUCCGGAGAGGCCGAGAGGAAGCGGCACUUGUUUGCGUUUGCCCACGGCGGAAGAGGCUGCGUCGGAAAACAUCUUGCAUUGGCGGAGAUGAAAAUUUUGCUUCGCAGCAUAUAUGGACAAUAUUCCACAGAACCAGAUCCGUCUAUUACUCUCGAGAGCAUGAGGUCUCACGACCAGAUCAUUUCUGCUCGGCCAUUUGGACAACGGUGUCUUUUGCGAUUCAUUCCCAUCCCGAAUGAAGAGGCUGUGUGA